CGACAGAGGGGGUAUGCAUGCACUCCCAUGCAACAGUCGAAUGUACCUGCUGCCGCGGGGCGUUUGUUUAUCGUCGGGACAGGAUUUGGUGACGAUAAUAGGAAGAGCCUGAAUGUUAUGCACCAAACAUGGAGGAGAAUAAUCUAAACAUCCCCCCAACUGAAGAACCAAUCGCAAGGAGGAUCAGUCGCAUUGCCUCACAGCUCAUGCCACUUCUACUUCCUGCAUCCACUUUUUUUAUUGGUUGGUUAGCUGAGCGACGGGUAUCCAUUCAAUUAUCUCAACUUUCUGAGAAGCAAGAGCAACACAAAAAGGAGGCAGAAACUCAAGUAAACAACGCUGCUGCACCAAGGGGGCCAUUGGAGCAAACUAGCGAUAGAAUGACAUCGUUCCAAAGGAAACUUGCAAUUGAGGACAUUCAGAGACAAGAAGAACUCGUCACUGAGAGGAUGAUGCUAGAGUUAGAUGACCUCCGACCCUUACUCAAAGAGCGACAACAGAUUUUCUGCAAUAUGUUCACAAGUCGGGAGAACCGUUUUCCAGUUGAGAAAGAGCUGAAAGAUUUAACAUACUCUAAGUCUUAUGAUAAGGAACUAGGUUUGUAUAAAGGAAUGCAGGAUAUUCUAAGGAAUGAUAAACAUUGUGGAGAUGUAAAUCAUGACGGAGGAAAACAAGGAUGUUUAAUGUGGGUUUACAUGGACUUCUGGAAAGCUCAAAUUCAACUUAUGAAAUAUAAGAAUAUUUGUGACCGAGUGAAGAAACUAGAUGAAACAUAACUGCACUACUUCAAGAAGGCAUUACUUUAUUGUGUGCUUGACCUUUUCUUGAUUUUAGAUGGCAUGAAAUAAGGAAAAAAUCUUAUAUUUUUCAGUAAGAUAUUCUUAUGCAUUAGUAAGGAUUAAGUUAAAUAAAAGGGAAUCAAUGUGCGGUGAAGAGGUUUUCAACGAGUGGUUUAAUCCCAACAAGGCCUGGUU